UCAAGUUCGGUAGACUUGCCACGCUUAGUAUUAAUUCAAGGCUAAGCCGAUGAGGGUAACAUCUGCCAAGCAAACACAAAUUCGUACAAUGAAGUCUGAAGCUCUACCAAUUCUAGUGGCUCUGUUUACGUUCGCACUGGCUCAGGAAAUUCCACUACCUGAUCCGGCAGGCUGUAUAGCAUCUGAAUGCAUUACUCACGCACAAAUAAGGACUCUCUGGUGCCACACACAGCCAACGUUCUAUUGUCAGUGUGUUCCGCUUGAUUUGAUUGUUUGGGAAGUGAUGGUACGACCGUGUGCCCCCGGAACGUAUUUCAGUUUCCCGCAUCAAAAAUGCGUUUAUCCGGAAAUGCGUGAUCCUGAUGCUUGCUAUCCGGAUGGGAGCGGAAGUGGAAGCGGAGACGAUUCGUUUAUCCUAUGUGAUGAGCCGCCGUGUCGUGUAGAAAAGGACUCCCUGAAGGGGGUCGAUGCUCCGGAAGUAAUCGACGAUCAGCUGUUGGAAGAUGACGCCAUGGAGUUCUUGUUUCCCGGACGGCGUGUGUGACGUUUUUGUUGCGCUAAAUGAUAAAAUCAAUAAAAUAUUUUGA